CUCUAGGCUGUAGAUGCUAGUACAAAUAGCGGCGGACACCCGCGCCGAGGUCAAGUGUUAACCUUUUCAUUUUGAGCAUUAAUCAAUUGCUCUUCAGAACUUACCAAAGACUCCAAGUUGCCUGUUGUCCCUUCGGCCAUGUCGGACGACCUUGUCAUCAACAUUCAGCUCGGCGCCUCUCUGCGUCGGUUCUUCUAUUCCCAGCUCUUUGUUACUCCAACGAAGCCAGAAUAUUCUUUUCAAGGACAAACCGUCAUCGUCACAGGCUCCAAUGUCGGCCUCGGCUUCGAAGCUGCUCGACAUAUAUAUCGCCUGAAUGCAGCCAAGUUGAUUUUGGCUGUGCGCACUGUCAAGAAAGGUGAAGCCGCCAAGGAGACCAUCGUCGAGAGCGUGAGACAUCGAACAGAUGGCGCCACUGCCAUUGAAGUCUGGCCACUUGAUCUGUCAAGCACACCGUCGACAUUGGCAUUUGCCGAACGAGUCAAGAGUCUCGACCGUGUCGAUGUCGUGGUGGAGAAUGCAGGUAUCAAUGCAUUACAAUUCGAACAGGCCGAGGGCUUUGAGCAGACCAUUCAAGUCAAUGUCCUCAACACCCUGCUCCUCGCCCUAUGUGUGUUGCCCAAGAUCCGACAAACAAAAAGGGCCUUUCCCGACAGCACCGCACACCUCGAGAUCGUCAGCUCAGAGGUACAUCGCUUCACCAAAGCGCCCGAGCUCAAUGCUCCGGACAUUUACGCUCAUUUGAACGACAAAAGCGCCUUCAACAUGGGGAGAUACAAUAUCAGCAAAUUGCUCGAGAUUUUAUUCAUCCGCGAACUGUGCUCUCGCCUUCACGACGAGUCUGUCGUUAUCACCAUGGUCAAUCCAGGCUUAUGCAAGUCAGAACUCGACAGGUCGGCCAACCUCAUCUUGCGAUUGUUUCUCACGCCUCUCAGAAUGAUCUUGGCUCGCACGACUGAGGUGGGUUCGAGGACCUUGGUCGCUGGAGCCUGCAGUCCCGAUAGUCAUGGUCAGUUCAUGUCUGACGGAGUCAAUCAAGAUCCGGAAGCUUGGAUCUUGACAGACACUGGAAAGAAGGCCCAGCUGAAACUGUUUGAGCAGACGAUGAAGAUUCUGGAACAAAGAAAACCCGGAAUCUCCAAGGAGGCCGGUCUUUGAUGGCUGUCUUUGGCUCAGGCCGGCAUGGAUUUGGACUUAGGAGCAUGAACUUUUCUGUCAUGACAAUAGAAUGUCCACGACUUCUCUAUUGCUUCAUGGCCCUGGAUUGGUCUGCAGGCGUUCAAAGUUGUAAGGAAGUUUCAUUCUCCUCUGACGAGGUCGGAUUAAGCAUUUAGUAUCUUGGUACUGGUCGCCUAAACCUCGACUCAGAAUGGUUUGUAGGAGUUUCAUGAAUCGAUCAAUCAACAUCUGACCUCAG